ACAGUGACGCGGGCGUACCGCGGGCCUGCAGACACAAGCGCAUCUUCACACGCUACGUGCACACAGCAAAAUGGCCUCUGUCUAAAACGUGGAUGAGUUGUGUUCAAAGAGUCAUCAAUGGUAUUGUGGCUGUCGUGUGCUCAGGGAUAGAGAGGGAAGAAUGAGCAGGAGGAGGAGGAAGAGCCGGAGAAAGAGCUCCAGUGGAAGCAAACAGAGCAUCAGCACGUAUAACUUUCAGAAGAACACUAAAGGUCCGAUUGACGAUGUGGGCCUGAAGGAUGAGCAAACGGAGAAGGGGGAAGCGGACUCCCUCCAUAAGGAAAACUGUUUGUGCAAGUCAGACACAGACGAGGAGAACGACACACAGAACCCUUGCACUGAGGAGAGAUUUGGGGAGGACAGUUCCGUUGGAUGCUUCAAGGGCAAUGCAAAAAGCCAGGCAGACAGCUUGUCAGAUGACAAAACCUCACAGCAAGAUCAAGGGGUCAGAAUCACCACCUCCGUGACCGUUGAUGAUCUGGAACAGAAAACGUCCCAAGUUGUAUUUCAGAGAUCUCAUGGGUCAGGCACUUUGGGAUCGGCUAACGGCACAAUCGCCGUCACCACCACAAAGUUAAAAGGCAUUCAUGCUAACAUGAGGAUUGAGAUCAGGGAGAUUCUGCAGCUGGAUGAUUCUGAUUACAAGACGACACUUGUCCUCCACAGUCAGAAGGUAAAGGACACCGAAGCCUCUUCUGAAAGCCAGUGCUAUGGGUUUCAUAUCCCUAACAAUGAACACUUUACCUACUCCCAUCCAAGGAACCAGAGGGCCACCCUAAAUGACAGCAAAACGGGGAAGCCCUUGGACAACGUGAGCUGUGAGUUUAGUGUGGUUGAGAUGAGCAAGGAAGGGGCGGACAUGCUGAGGCAUCCAGUGCCAACCACGUGCUACUGUGAGGACACAGACUGUUACCAAAGAUGCUGCCAGGACCGCUGCUAUGGAUACGGCCAUUUUAAUCACGGCGACACUGAUUUCACACUGGUGGAUGGAUCCUCCAGCCUCUCGACAUAUCCGAUGGAUGUUUGGCCUUUGAAGAAGAGGUCAUCUCCGGCCAACAGCAUCAACAGUGAAACACAGCUGGACGUACCCCCUCCGGAGGAAUUCGCUGACAAAGGGUGCAAGGACGGUGUGAACAACCUCACGGAGAAUGUUGCAGCGUGCCACAUCAGCACUUACGAUGAGGUCGAUGACCCAGGAGAAAGUGCCUCAGUGAUGAUGUGUGGAGCCUCGAGCUUCAAGGGAGACUCCACACGCCAUGAGUCUAUGGAUUGGGUGAGAAGCGAUGACAUGUCUUUUGAGAAUGAGUCUGAGUUGGACGCAGAGGAGCUUUUCACGUGGCCAGACACCCCAAUGAGUCGGUCAAGUUUUACCAAGAACUUUAUUUACAAGCAUAAGAGAAAGUCAUGCAUGCGCAACAACAGCAUCGCCAUCCUGGAGAGCAGCACCCCACCGGCAGGCUACUUGAACAUGCCAAAGCGGCGAAAGACGUUCCCUGCGGUGUUAGAUCAGUCCAGUGACCACCAGGACGACAUACCGUGCAGAGAGUCAUUCUCUUCGGGAACACUGUCUCCAUUUUUCAUGCAGUCUCUUCCGCGCGAAGGGGAACGAUCGGGAAGGUUCUAUCUAGAAGACGACUCAUUUUCUCCUAUCUUUACUGAGAGUCGCAAGUCUUCCGAGGCCAGUGGUCUCCUCAGCUCGAGCCCUGUUCGCGCCUACAACAUAUCAUCUCCAAAGCACUCACUUGCCUCAGAAUGGGAUGCCGGGGUGUGUGACAGGGAAGCGCAGGAGCUGUCGGUCGUGGAGGAAGCUGAUCCAGAGAGCGCUGGAGGAAGCGCCCAGGAGCAAAGUGAGAUUACAGAGAGCGGUUUCGAGGAGGAGAUAGUCGACGUGGAGAGAAACGCAGAAGAUCUCUCCCCAACCAGGUCAGUACCAUCCAAAGACCCUUUCAUCCACAUCACCCCUCCCUCUCCCAGAUCUUCGAGGGAGAGUAAUAUCAACGGCAGCCACAAAGUGGAACGAUCAAAGGAGUACGAAUCGGAUGUGGAACCUCAGGUGCAGGGCAAGGAGUCUGCCGGUGAAGCUCAGCCCAAGUCGAGACAAGGCUCCGUGACGACCGUCAUGAGGGUGGGAAGUGAGCAGAGAAUGUUGCGCAGCCAUUCCACAGAUUCCACAACUUCAGAGAAGAACCACAGAGAUGUCACCGGUACGGUUUCCGAGGCCCCUUGUCUUCAUCCAAUACUGGAUGCUGGUCAGAUGGAGGAAGAUGGCGGCACCGCCGUCGCCGGGGAGAUGGCGCCACAGACCCAACUGACAGAGUCCAGCACUUCCAUCCAGUCUCUCUCCCCGCAAUCCUUUGAGGUGACCGACCCACAGAGUGAUUCCAAUCACUCACUGCGGUCUCCAAAUACCUCACAAGAUACCGACACAAAGGAAGAGGCAGCACCAGAUAAGCAGCGAGAGAAAUACUAUGAGAUUAAACCCAAAAAUAAACGCAGUUUCCACACCCUGCAAAGACCUGUGAUGCAACCGGCGGACACAGUGAGAAGGCACAGCUGUUCUAAAAUCUCAUCAGAAAUCAAGGAACGGCUGAAGCUGCCCUCAGAUCUGUUGCACAAGGAUCCUGAGGAGGCUCCCGAUCACUGGGCCAGGAGGCGUAAGCUCUUUAAGGAAAGCAGGCAAAGCUCAGCCGGUGCAAGCUCGAUCGCCAGCAAUAUCACAGACGAGUCAGACAUGUUGUCGGAGGAGGCGCGGCCGGUGGAGGUGACUGCGCAGGAUAUAGAGGACAGAGGCUUCUAUACAGAGACGUUCCACUGCGCGUCAUGGAUUUACCGCGGGGAUGACGCCAGCCCCAGCGAGAGCCCACGCUGCCUCAGCAAGCGGACGAAGCCCGUCACCAUUCGUGAAAGGACGAUCAAGAUCACUAAAGGAUUUGGAGAGUACCCAUGGGGGUUUAGAAUCCAGUUCUCAAAGCCAAUCGUCGUCACAGAAGUUGACACAAAUGGAGCAGCCGAGGAGGCGGGGCUUCUGGUCGGUGAUUAUGUGCAUGCCGUGAAUGGAAAAGACGUCACCAGUGCUCCACAUUCGGAGGCGGCAGACCUGGCGCGACAAGGUCCAGACCUGCUGACUCUAGUAAUCGGCUCUGACAUCGGGCGCGUCCCCAACACCCCGCGGCCUGCGUGUCGGGGGUACCUGCACAAGCGCACCCAGAGCAGCCUGAUCAGGGGGUGGAGGCGGCGCUGGUUUGUGCUUCGCCAUGACUGCUGUCUCUACUACUUCAGGCACAAAAGGGACGAGGGGAAGAGUCAGGCCCUGUCCAGAGUGCAGCUGGAGGGUGCGGAGGUGGAAGCUGACCCCAGCCUGGGGAAACCCUUCGUGUUUCGAUGCGCCCCUGGGUCAGGAGGGAGGGUCUAUCACUUCUGCACCACAUCCAACCAGGACAUGAAAAGAUGGUUAGAAGCCUUGUCUCAAGCCGUUCAUCCUGUCCCACAGAACCACGUUUGGGUGGACGUAACUCGGCACAACGCAAGCCUGCCCGCUCUGGCCGUCAAGACUCCCGAGUGUCUGGGCCUCCUCCACCAGCUGGACCGGACCAAGGACGUGUGGGUACAGAAUUACUGCAUCCUUAAGGACGGCUGCCUCUAUUUUUACGCCAGUAUUCGAUCCACCAACGCCUUAGGGGGGAUCUACCUCCAAGGGUAUAGCGUUCGAGAGCAACCAAUCGGGCCGAAGCGUUCCUCCAUUGAGCUGAGGCCUCCGUCGGAAGAGUUUAAAACUUUCCAACUCUGUGCAGAGAACGUCACUGAAAACAAGAGAUGGAUCUUGGCCAUCAGGGCGUCUAUCAGCAAAUGGGUGCCGCUGCAUCAGGCCAUCCAGGCCUACAUGAGCAAACCCCCCGAGGAGACCCGCAUGUGACCCCCCGAGGAGACCCGCAUGUGA